AUGAAUAUCGACCCCGAGAAGGAGGAAUACGAGCUACAACAUUUUAAUUUCUCAUCGGAGGAAAUUGUGGCCCAGAAUACUCAUAUGGUACAGUCGUUGCUGCAAAAAUCGUUGUCUGCGUUCACUGAGCAGCUGAUACAGAAACAAAAAAUACCAACCGAUCCAGCGGAGCGGCUGCGUGCUAGUUGUAACAAAACGGCCAUCGCAAUGUACAACGAAUGUCUGCCUGCCAUCAACGAACUGAACGCACUGUACCGCGAGACAUUUUCCAUACCGGAUAACGUGUUGCUUCCGACGGAUCUUCUGCAAACGCGAGGCUACACUGAGGAACUAGUCGGCACGCUUACGCAGGAGGUCCAAAGCGCCAAAGAGGCUGUUAUGCAAGGGGCCGUGUUCCUGGCCUCCCUCGACGCCGAAGCGGAACUGCAUCAGGCGCUCGAACCCUGCUACGACCGAGAGGAGGAAGUGAUCGGUCUAUUGAAGGAUUUUCAGGAAGAAGAGAUCGACCCGGAAGAUGUAUCUGAAAUGGUGAAACGGUUAGAGCUCGCUGGCAUCAUCACGUCUACUGGCAACCGAGAGAGCGUUAAGCUUGAUGAAUUUUUAUUACAAAAAUAACAGAAAAAAUGAUGAUUGCUUCCCUAGAGAACCUGCCCGGCAGUGUGUUAGUCUAUACGCUUUCGCUACACUUUUCAUUCCUAGAACUUCGAGAGGUCACGA